CGUGAAGAGGAAGCGGGCUGGCACGACCAAGGACUCCUGUUGCGCGUUGGCGGGAACGCCAAGUGGUGCGCGGUAGGUAAAGUCACCGGAGCCCUUCUAGUGGGACCGAGGUGGGAUCCCGGCCAGCUCGGGUCCCGCCCUGGACUGGACCGAGGAGCCAAAGCGCUGACCGAGCAGAGAUCCAGGCCGCCGAUGGAAAAGAACCCCCCUGAUCGCACAGGCCCCGUGCACGUGCCUUUUGGGCACAUUGUGGCCAAUGAGAAAUGGCGUGGGUCGCCGCUAACACAAGGGAUGCAAGGGAAAAUCAAAGUCAUUUUUGAGGCUGGCCUGACCCCGGUAGAUUUUUACUUGUCUAGCAGAUCCUGCAUUCUUUAUAUCACCGAAGCUGAUUUGGUGGCAGGGAAUAGCUACCGAAAGAGGCUUGUCGUCGUUAGAAAUUCCGGUAAUCUUAAAGGAAUUGUAGUCGUUGAAAAAACGCAGAUGAGUGAACAGUACUUUCCAGCCAUGCAGAAGUUUACUGUGCUGAACCUUGGGAUGGUGUUGCUUCCAGUGGCCAGCCAUAUGGAAGCAUCCAGCCUCAUUGUCCAGUUAGUUCAAGAACAAACCAAAGAGCCCAGUAAGAACCCUUUUCUCAGGAAGAAACCGGCUCUGAUCUCUGAGCCAUCCCUCCUUCGAACUGUGCAACAGAUCCCAGGAAUUGGAAAAAUUAAAGCUCCCCUUCUGCUUCAGACCUUUCCAAGUAUCCAGCAACUAAGUAACGCUUCCAUCCAAGAACUGGAGCCGGUCGUUGGGCAAGCAGUAGCACAGCAAAUUCAUGCGUUCUUCACACAGUCCAGGUGACAGCCCCUCUCACAGCAUCUACGUUUUCUCCUGUAGAUCGCAAACUACAAGAUCUUGUUUUCAUAUUUAAAAACCAAGAAAAAAGAUUUCCUCUCACAGCAACCAGUGAAAGGUGAGAGGAAGACUGAGUGGCACCUGCUAGUUAUCCUGCUCUGCUCUGGGUGCAGGCAUUUAAGUUAGUGGGCCCCAGAUGGCGCUGCCCCGAUUCUGCUAGCAGGAAAAGGGCCAGUGGGGAUCUUCCUGAAAGAGUCGCUUUAAUUAGAGACUCUCAGAUUCAGCAAAAAGCCAGCUUGGGCAGAUCUGAAUGUGUGACCUUGACCUGCAUCUGUCAUGGAAAGGUCUUAACAAGUUUCAGGUGGUAGAUAUGACCUUCUAAAGGAAACACACUUACAAUGAAGCACUGUGUACCCUAAGUCCCUUGUUCCUGAUGGCAGAGCCACUGUUCUUCAGGUCUGGUCUUAAUAUACCUGUGUUUUGAGGGCUGCUGCCAAUGUAAAUAAACAAUUGUACAACCUUUGUUCUUCUACCUGCCUUCCCUUCCUGGUAGCUGCACAGUUUGUUUAUAAUCACUGGGCACAUCUGAACACAGACAGCCUUGGAGUCUAGAAUACCCAUGUAAAGAUGAAAAAAACCAGUGUGUGGGGUGGAGGGAAAGAAUGUGUUUGUAAAUGUAUGGUCCAAUAGUGGGGAGAUACCCAGGAAAACGGCAGGAGCAGCUGUACCCAGAAAGGAGGGCUGGGGAAUCAAAGGGUACACUUGCCCAUUCAAAAAAGAAAUACAAUUAAAGAUGCCAUAUGUUUUCAAAGAUCCUAAGAUAACUUAGAAGUCCUGUUUUUGUGAAAUGUUAGUAAAUUUUAAAAACUCAAUAACAUUUGUGCACUAGGAUAGAAACAAUUUGAAAGGAGGGAAUUCAAGUGAAAAAGUAAAAACCGUAAAAAAACAUUAAUUCAGGCAAAUGAGUUUAUUUAAAUAUUUAUACAAAAACACCCCCAAAAGCAGUGGAUACACUUCCCCAAACUUCCCUUUUGAUAUUGCACACUAGAAAACACUUUAAAUUCUUGUUAACUCUCAAAAUUAGAUUUUAAUACUAUACUUUUUUAGCUAUAUCUUCUAUGUCAACGGUGAAUCUUGUUAGAAUCACAGUAUCAUCCAACUUAUAGCAAAAGAAAUCAGUUGGUAAGAAUGUCAUUUAAAAAAAUCAAAUAGAGCUUUAAACUAGUAUCAUUUACAUCUUUGUCUUAUAAAACAUUUUAACCCAUUAAAAUACACAAUUAUGUACUUCUACUUUAAACAAAAUGAAAAAUGUUUUGAGUAUCAAACAGUAUAUUAUCUACCUUGUAGACAGCAUUUUCAUCUAACACUGCCACUGUGUUAGCAACUUUU